AAUGGUAGUUAUUAAAGAUGAGAAUCUCCCUUCGAAUUCUUGGCGCCUUGGCCGAGUUGUGAAAACUUAUUCUGGUUCAGAUCAUCGAGUCAGAGUAGCUGAUGUCUUGACUCAACGCGGGUUAAUAACUAGGCCGAUUGUCAAGCUCGUAAUACUCCCCACAGAAUCUUAGAUUUCGUUUCAGAACCUUUUACUUACAUGCUAAUUUUCUCUUCCAGCUCAUCAUGCCUAAAAUUGCUUCAAGAUCCAAAUCAUCUUCGAGACAUCUUCCUGUUGAGUAUAAUGCAUAUCCUUGCCGACUGUGCAAGCGUCCACACCCUCUCCGAACCUGCCGAAAGUUUUUAUCAAUGAACAUUUCCGAUCGGAUCAGUGCAGUCAAUAAACACAAAUAUUGUGUAAACUGUUUGGCACACGAUCAUUCUCACGGUUCGUGUUUCACAAAACAUGGAUGCAAGCACUGUCGCAAAUUCCAUCAUACCUUGCUUCAUGUCAACCCUCGGUUGGUAAAUGACCUUUUACCGUCACGUCGUGAGUCACAUCCUGACUCACGUCGCUCGCGGUCACCCAAUCCAGGUCCUUCUACUUCAUCCAGAAAACGUCCUUCUUCGGCACCUAAGACCAAAAGAGAAUCCUCUCCGCAAUCAAACACAAAGUCGACUUCAUUAACCAAAAUUAUACGGCAGAACAUGUUAAUACUUCUUCCCACUGUUUUAGUGAAAAUAGAAUCCAAAACGUCGCAUGCCCGUUGCUUACUGGACUCUGGAUCUACAGUUAGUCGUGUGUCGAAAGGAUUUGUCGAAAAAUUGGAUCUAACCACUCACACCUUACAUGAGGAAACCAUAUGUCCGAUGGUUUUAAAAUCUCGGUAUGAUCCUUCUUCAAAAAUAGAAGGGACAUUUAGGGUUGACAAUCGCAUUUCGCUUCGAACACCCUCGCAGUCCCUUCCAGAAUCCUACAAAAAGAACUUCAAGGAUCUGUUCUUAGCCGAUUCAAAAUUCUAUGAAUCAGGUCCAAUUGAUAUCAUAAUCGGUGUAGAUAUAUAUCCGCGAGUGAUAUGUCAAGGAGUUUUUUCGAAAACUGGAUUUCCUACUGCUCAAAGCACUAUUUUCGGGUGGAUAAUUUAUGGUCCAUGCACCCUUUAA